GGUGAUGGGCGAAAAACCCAUUGGAGAAGAAGAGAACAGCUAGGGUUUCAUUUGGGCAAAAGCUGUGUUACAUAAUGAAGUAACCUGGCUCAGAGUAUCACAUACUACGGAUGUUUGAGAGAACCAGCCUCACAACCGCAGACCACGUGUAACCACGCCAGCCCAGGACCUACACAUCCAGCUUCUUCACCUGCGGGAUCGUCUGAGACCAGUCAACCAGACAGCUGAUGAAACUCUUCCUGUAGAACUCUCACAGGUAAAAUGAUGCACCCCAAGAUGAGGGGUCUGUUUCUUAUCCAACUGCUGCUGAUUGAACAGGCUCUGUGUAGAACACCAACUCCCCCUGUUCUGAAGACCACUCCGCUCUCCAAGACCUCCGUUUUAGGGGAGGGGGAGACUAUCAAAAAGGAGCGGCAGUCACUUCUGGGGUCCCAGACCCAACUUGGUCUCCCAUCAGAUGCAGCGGAGAGUGCGGCCCCUGAAGAGUGGGUGGUGCAGGAUGAGGCCAGAGCCCAGUCUGCCCAGCGUAUCGUCACCACGCUGAAGGCCAAGCUGCAGGGCCGGAUCCUCGUCCAGGCCAACACCAGCUGUGAGGCGUUGCUGUCUGCCUCUACACUGCAGGACCCCGCCUCAGCCCUGUUCCCCCGGGAGCUCCUGGGCCUAUCCCUGGUGCCGGUGCUGGUGGCAGCAGGCUGUUCUCGGGAGGCCCAGACCCUGGUACUCAGAAUGUACAACCUGUUGGGAGUGGAGGACACAGAGGAGCUCCUCAUAGAGGUGGAGAGCCUUAUGGCGAGGGGGGCUUCCCACCCCAGAGCCACCACCCCCCCUGCCUCACACAUGGGGAAUGUUCAGGCAGAGCUCCACCUACAGGCAGUGAUGUUCAACAUACAGCAGCUGGCCAGGGCUGGGGUGGGUCAGAGGGGGCACAGGGCCUCUGGAAGAGGGAAGCAGGAGGAGAGGUGUCAGGGCUGGACCAGAGUGAACGGGACCCUGCUUUUGGGGGAGACAGUGCAGGGAGCCACCACAGGGGGGCUGGAGGAGGCGGUAAGUGUCUGUGAGAGCCUGGGGUCCCAGUGUGCUGGUGUGUCCCGUAACGGAGGGCAGUACCAGGUGGUUCUGAUGUCAGGCAGCCGGGUGGUGCCCUCUGAGUACUUGGACUCAGAAUGCUGGAUUCGACAGUGCCAGGUGCAGGAUGAGGAGUCACCUGGGGCCUCAGGGCGGCGGGCACGGCGCAGCCCUCAGCGGAACUGUGUCAACAAAAAGGAGGAGCACGUGUACAACGUGGUGGAGUGGAUCCCUGUCGUCAGCACCCUUUACAACCUGGGCACGGCCGUCUACUACACCUCUGUUAACUGCUCCGAGACGGCCAAGGAGAGAGCCAUCCUCAGCGCCGUCGACCUGGGCACUGACGCCCUCAUGGCCGUCACUGGGGGAACGGUGGGCGUGGCGGGCUACGUGGCCGGGGCAGGAGUGAAGACGGGGGUGAAGGCUGGGAUCAAGUACCUGCUGUCCUCCAUGAAGCAGGAGGAGGACCUGAUAGUUAAUGAGUACAGUUGGGAGGAGGGAGUCAUCACCAUACAGUAAACAGCCAGUAGCCUGGUUGGUUGGUAGCAACAUAUUAUUUUGCUUUAGCCAAUGGCAGCAUAAAAAGAUCUGGGGACCAGGAAGUGGUCUCAGGGAACCACUGAGUAAACUCUAAGACCCCCUUGACCUUGACUCCCCCAAUCCUCUCAUCCCAAACCCUUCUUGUCCUCCUUCGGUACUAUUGGUCAGGUCAGACUCAAUUUACACAUCUGAUACUUCCAGUGCAGGGACUAUUGUAACGGUACUACCUUUCAGAUGUUGUUUUGUUUGUUCUGUGUUCUCUAGAAACAUAUGGACCGAAAUUCAAGCUGGCAAUUUGUAAAAAUAUCAACUAAUUGAUUUAUAAGCUAUUUUUCCAUGAUACAUGAAAGUUUGCAACUGCCCUUGAUUGAUUAAAUUAUAAUUUUAGCUAGUUGUUUUUUACUACUA